CAAGGAGAGGUCUUCUACUGUGCGUUAUAACUCUGGAAGUGUACACUCCAUGAUGCUGGAGAAUAACCCGCUGGUCAGCGCCAGCCAAUCGCAGUUCAUUAACAUCAAGCCUUCCUCCAGCCAAUCACAGAUAGGGACGAAAGUCCCCAUUACCAGGAGCAAAUCAGAAGGAUCGGGUACGAAUGGUGCCACUGUAGAAAUGCCUGAUAUCGGUCUGGAGGAAGCAGUGCGUUAUCUGUCACUCUCGGAUGAGAGCACUCAGCUGAGGGGAGCUUCAUUCAUACAACACCAAGCCUUCACAGAAGACGAAGCCAAAGAAAAGGUUUGGCGGUUGUCAGGGAUUCCUCCUCUGAUUAAGUUGCUGAAAAGUGACAAUUUACAAUUGCAACAGACGGCCGCCUCUGCACUGCGCAACAUAGUUUUUAAAGACAAAAAUAAUAAGCUGGAGGUGGAAAGAUGUGAAGGAAUAGAAGCCAUUCUGACGUUGCUCAAAAACACCAACGUAGAAGAAACCCAGAAACAACUCACUGGUUUGUUGUGGAAUCUGUCCUCGGCUGAUGAGCUGAAGCCAGAGCUGAUCAAGAACGCCAUGCCCCUGCUUACAGAAAGCAUUGUGGUGCCAUACAGCCUUUGGACUGACAUCAACACCUGCAAACACAUUGACCCAGAGGUCUUCUACAACACCACCGGCUGUUUCAGAAACCUCAGCUGCGCCAGCGAUAAGGAGAGGAUAUCUAUGAGGAACUGCACGGGACUUAUCGACUCUCUCAUCACUUAUGUUCAGACUCAGGUGGAAAGAGGAGAGCCAGAUGAUAAGUCAGUGGAAAACUGUGUCUGCAUACUCCAUAACCUGAGCUACCAGCUGGAGAAAGAGGCUCCUGAUCACUUCCCAGAGUUCUCUAACCCUGACGUGAGCCCACAAGAGAACAAAAACAACAAGAGCAUCUUCAACCACAAGAGAACCAAGACUCAAAAGGCGGUCAGCUUCUCAGCCAUGGAGGUGGAUAAGCCUGAAGGAGUGAAUUGGUUGUACCACCUGAAGUCGCUGCAGCUGUACCUGUCUCUGCUGGGCUUCAGUCAGAAAGAAGCCACCCUGGAGGCGUGCUGUGGAGCUCUGCAGAACCUCACAGCUUCAAAGAGCCCUGUGUCCACUCUGAUGAGUCAAACCAUCAUAGAGAAGCUGCAUGGCUUGCCUGUCAUUUCCCCUCUGCUGAAUUCUCCAAACUUGGGCCUACAGAAGACCGCCAUGUCCUUAGUGGGCAACAUAUCCCGUGUGGCAUCUCUACGGAGUACUAUGGCCAAGGAAAUUCUUCCCAAAGUCAGCACUAUGGUCUCGACUGUGACCCCGAAAAUGGUUGAAUCGGACCGCUCCAUCUCUACAGCGUGCCGCGUGAUGCACACACUCAUGCUGGCAGAGCCUGACAUUGGGAAGACGAUGUUGAACCAAAAACUCAUCGACUCUCUGAGCUUGCUGAGUUCAAAUGUAUUUUUCGACACAGCCAGAAAGGAUGCUGGAGUUCUUCUCUGGAGUUUGUGGGGAGAAAAGGACUUCCAGAAUGUGCUGAAAAAGCAAGGGAUGAACAAGGACACGUUUAUAAAUGCCGUCACUGCUACGGCGUACCAGGGGGUAAAAAACAUGAACGGAAACUGAGCGAUGUGCAGUCGAGGUCUCCUGGAAGCCACAGAGAGAGUAGCUGGAUUUGGGAAAAGUUUCCAGCCAAAGUGUAUUGCAAGGCUUAAUGGGUAUAGAUUUAAAGGGAAAGACGCCACACCAUGUCUCUCCAAACCCAAAUGAUAUUCUUCCAUGGAACUAG